AUGACCAGCUCCCCCUAAAUGCUCACCCUCAUAACUUUCGGCUUUCCUGUAAAACAUGCCAGAUACUCCUCCACUCUUCCUUUAGUCUGUUUUCUGUCUCUGCUUAUCUAAUCCUCCCUUCUCCCUUGAUAGUCUUCUCUGCUGGGCAUUCACUAUUACCACGUCCUGUCUCUCAUACAGUCUUCCCAAUCCUGGUUUAAAGAACUUCCCAGAGAUUGUUUCUCUGGAGUUGUGUUUUAGCUUCAAGGUGACACAGUUCUUCAGAAGUCACUCGAGCGCUUUGAAUGCAGCAGCGUGUGUUUCAAACCCCAUAUAGAGACGAAGAAAAUAAUAUUUGGGAGUCAGGUACCUGAUACUUGAAGAUGCAGGGAGAAGCGGGUGUCCUUUGUGCUUUGUCUGCCAGUCCAGUGGGAACUGCACAGAGGAAUCCUUUUCACUCGCUCAUUCUUUAAGAUUAUGAUCUGGCAUGCAGGUCAGUUCUUAACUUGGCGGCCACACAAGAAUCCCUAGAGUAUACCUCGUCUCAAUUUGCAUUGCAAAGAGGGGCAGAGAGGGGCUGCAUAAAAAGCUUUUACUUCUAAGGAAUGGUGACAUGAUGGAGAGGCCUGAGGAGGCUCUGCAUGUGCAUGUGAAUGUGAAUGGGCUUCACCUUUAGCUGAAAUACUUGGAAUGAGUCCAUACACAUUUGGGCGUGUGCAUAUAUGUGCCACAAAAAAAUAAGCGCUUGCAAGUCCUGUCUUUCAUGCAGUAACUUGAGUGUUUAUGUGGCACUGGAACAUGUCUUUACACAAGCGAGACAAAAAAGCAGCACUUUAUCAAUGAGGAAGGCUUGGAUUUGAGAGCUUAACAGUCAUUCUGUAAAAACAUUGUUAUUAAUGCUCGUGAUUAUAUUGCAUUCAUCAUUAGAAGGAUUCAUAAGUAUAUAGAUUGAAAGUCUUCAGCUGUUAGACAAACUUUUUUUUUAAAUAAUUCUGAGUAAUGGUAUUAUUUUUGUUAUUUCAGAGGAAGUUCCUAUAGUGAAUAGUAGAUAUUAUAACACAGUAAUUACUUGUUCUUUCCAUAACUAUAUGAAGUGCUGUAACAUCUUUCUACCACUAGGUGGCCAGAACUGUCCACUUCUUGAUACCCCACCCCCCCCAAAAAAGAGAGAUGUAGACGGUGCCAGUGUGUUAUCAGCUUUGCUCCAUUGUUUUUGAGCCACCAAGCCUGAUAUUUUACACAAUAACGUAAAGGUUUGCUGUACAUAUGAGGCAAAACUAGCAAUUUGUUUUGGAUUUCUACUUGAAGUGCACCCUGACCCUACGUCAAAGAGUUGUUUUGGUGAAAAAUUGAACCUCCCACCCUGUGAUACUCUGUUUCCUUGGCAUACCUCAGUACGUCUUCAAUUACUCUCUGUUGGAGCUUCCGAUCCCUUAAUUGCAGCACAGGACUCUGCUACUGAUGAGUGUUUCGAGAGUGUUGUGCUUUUCGAGUGAAACAAUACCAUUUUUCUCUGAUGAUGUAACUUCCACAUUUGGACCACUGGUUGGGGCCUGAGCGAGUACUGGCAUUGUAUUCCAGCAAGCCUCAGGAUGUCCUGUUGGGGGGUAGGGGCUGUGCGGGAGAGGAGAUGCGAAAGCAGAGCUGUAUGAUUUGAAUGGUGGUAACUGCUGGGGGUGUCUUGGAGACACCCCGUUAAAAUCAGUUUUUAAAUUUAAUUUGAAGACUUUUUCUUUCCCCCCAUUGGAUUUAUUUUAUUUAUUUUCAGUGGUCAGUCUUUCCUUGUGUUGGUCAAAGGAAUCCUUUUCUUGGACCAGCUAAAGAUUUGCAAGUAUUUUGGUUUCAUGUUUAAGGCUUCUUCUAAGGAGUCUUAAGUAGGUGUUGAUUUCCAUGAUCAACAAGGCUUAUAUCUGUUAAGGACGAGGCGGGAAAGAAACCUGUUUUGAGGUAGGUAAUUGCUGGUUCACUUGUGUGCUUCUUUAGCAACACCUUCUGAAAACAUUUUGAGGUACGAGGCAAUAUGUAAUAGCAGUUCAGAAGACUGGGAAGGUCUAUAGUAGGCGUUUGUAGGUGGUUUGCAUUAUGUGAAACAGAUACUAAGAGACCAGGUGGAAGAUCUAGGACUCUAGGUGUGGAUGAAGUUUAGGCUAGUUUUGUUUCAGGAUUUGAGAAGUUAUUAAAGUUCAAGAAAUUCUGAAGUUGUCCCAUCUUGGGAUUAAUGUUCAGAAGUCAAGACAUUGAAGUAGGUUUUGAGCUUAGCUAAUAAAAAACAAGUGAACUCUGUUAGUUUUCUAUUUAAAAUGUCUGAAAGUCAUUGAACUCUAGAAAUCUCCAUUGUUCUAUUGGAAAGGAAAGACUGAAUGAGCAGUGACAUCACUGAUUUAUUGCUGGGUCUCAUUUCUGAGCAUCUCUCUCCUGGUUUAUUUUCCCUCUGCUCAGUCCGGCCAGGAAGUUUAUUGUGAAGACUGAUUACAGCCGUAUUUACACUGGUGCUUUUCCUCCAUUCUGUCCUCAGUCAUCACUGUGUUUAGAUUUUCAGCAGGAAACUACUGCAAGAGCAGAUUACAGCCAAAUAUACACACUCACGGUCUUUGCUUAUCUUCACUGAUUUAACAUAAAGUUGUUUUUGGAUGCCUCUGAGGGAUUGCUCAAUUCUAAAAGGUCUACACACAAACAGUCCUCUAGCUCUCAGAGCUUUUGAGGAGUACAGUCUGAGUCAGAAGAGAUUUUCAUUCACUCUGUUGUUAACGUCAUGCACAGGAUGAUGAAUCAUAUCUUGUGAUUGUUGCCUUAAACACAGGAUGUCUUCAGUAUGCAGGAUUUGGGGUUGUUACAGAAAGUUGACUCAGUCUUACUUCACCAUCAUUUUACAGGAGUGAACUUUAAGGAGGUGAACGAAGACAACAAACAUAAGCAUUUCGGAGAGAUCUACGCCGCAAUUGACACAUUGGCAUUCACCUUUGGCAAUGUAGUGUCUGACUUCCUUAUGGGAGAUGUAGAGAAUGGAUCAGUGUUGGGGCUCCCCCUGACUAAGAGAAGCAGGUCUUUUGAGAACCUCUCUGUGGAAUCUGGAGGAUCCGGUCUUGAGAAAGAUGAUCCGCCAGAGUCUUCUCCACCGGUUCGGGCCGAAGAGGUGGACAGGACACUGCAGCGGCAGGACAGCGGAGUGGAGUCAGCACUGGCCUACGCCAAGGCGUGGUCCAAGUAUACCAAAGAGCUGCUGGCAUGGGUGGAGAAGCGUCUCAAUAUGGAUAUUGAGUGUGCAAAAAGUUACGCCAAGAUGGCUGAGACUGCUAAGACGCUUGCUAGUCAACAGGAAUUCAUGCCUUUCCGUGAGAUCUACAUGACAGCUUUCAAAAAUGACAUCGAGUAUAGCCAGCUGAUUCUUCAAACUGCAGCAAUACUCCAAAGCAACAAAUUCAUGCAGCCUCUCCUGGCCAGAAAAAAUGAGCUGGACAAACUGCGAAAAGAGGUCAAGGAGCAGUGGCAGAGAGAGCAAAAGAAAAUGCACGAAGCAGACACGGCUCUGAGGAAGGCCCGGCUCCUGCAGACCCAGCGACAGGAUGAAUACGAGAAGGCCAAGGUGUCGACUAGUCGGCUGGAGGAGGAGCAGACUGGAGGGGGAGGGGGAGCGGCAGCGGCAAAACAGCUAGAAAAAAGGCGUAGGCUCGAGGAGGAGGCGCUGCAGAAGGCCGAGGAGGCCAAAGAUCACUGCAAAGCUUGUCAGGUUGAUGUCGGGGUGAAGAGAGUCGAGCUGGUCAACACCAAGAAUGAGAUUAUCACUCAGAUCCGAGAGAUGGUCUCCCAGUGUGACCUCACCCUCAAGGCCGUGACCGUCAACUGGUUCCAGCUUCAGCAGGCCCAGGUUGUGUCUCUACCUGUCAACCACCAGACUCUGUGUGAAAAUGCCAAGCUGUACGAGCCUGGCCAGCGUUACAUCGACUUUGUCAGGAGUUUACCUACGGAUGCGCCUCGACUCGAGUGUCACUCGUUGGAUUCACCUGUCACACAAAACACAGGGAUGCCUUUCAAUAAGCGCUCACUAAGUGGCAGCCACUCCUCCCACAGUAACCUGUCACAGGCAUCUGUGACCUCUGACCUCCUUGUUGGAGAUGAUGUGGACAGCCCCAUCAAUGCCCAACACCCCAAGAUUGCUGAAAGACGGUCCAACGGUAGCACUGACAUCCAAGCACUUAAAAUUCAGGCGCCAUUUCGUCCCUGGACCUCGGCCAAUCAGGGUGGAGGGAUGUGCAGUGAUUCGGAAAGUGCUGGAGGGAGCAGUGAGUCCCGGUCCAUGGACUCGCCGACUGCAAGCCCAGGAGACUUCAAGAGGAGAUUACCCAGAACCCCCUCCACUGGUACCAUGUCGUCUGCUGAUGACUUGGAUGAGAGAGAGCCUCCCUCGCCAUCUGAUAAUGGUUUAAAUGAAAUGGUAAUCGAAACGGCGAGCUCUCCAGGACCCUUUAGAAACACUCAGAUGUCUAAGGCGGCCCAAACCCACAAGCUCAGAAAGCUUCGAGCACCUUCCAAGUGUCGUGAGUGUGACAGCCUGGUGGUGUUUCAUGGAGCGGAGUGUGAGGAGUGCUCCUUGGCGUGCCAUAAAAAGUGUCUGGAAACCCUGGCUAUCCAGUGUGGCCACAAGAAGCUCCAGGGAAGGCUUCACCUGUUUGGCAUUGACUUCACACAGUCGGCUAAGAACAGCCAGGAUGGUAUCCCAUUCAUCAUACGGAAGUGCACGUCGGAAAUUGAGAAUAGAGCCCUCAGCAUCAAGGGGAUCUACCGUGUGAAUGGUGCAAAGUCUCGAGUAGAGAAGCUGUGCCAGGCAUUUGAGAACGGCAAGGACCUGGUGGAGCUUUCCGAUCUUUCUCCCCACGACAUUAGCAAUGUACUCAAACUCUACCUGAGACAGCUUCCAGAGCCACUCAUCCUCUUCCGCUAUUAUAAUGACUUUAUUGGUUUGGCCAAGGAGAGCCAGAGUAUCAUUGUGGAGGAACUGGAAGCACAGAGAGUUAAUCCCACCACUGCGACCCCUUCGCAGGUUAGCGUCGAGCUCAAUCGAGUCCUGUUCAAGAUCAAGGAUCUGCUAAGACAGCUGCCACCAGCUAAUUACAAGACGCUGCAGUUCCUCGUAGAGCAUCUUCACCGGGUGACGGAGCAAUCAGAGGAGAACAAGAUGACCGCCAGCAAUCUGGGUAUCAUCUUCGGCCCGACGCUGAUCAAGCCAAGGCAGGCCGAUGCUGAAGUUUCCCUUUCUUCUCUGGUGGAUUACCCUUAUCAGGCGCUCAUUGUGGAGCUCCUGAUCAGACAUUACCAGAUGGUCUUUGACACGCCUCUGAGUCCUGUAAGUGGGACCUCGCCCACAGAGGUUGAUGCCCAGACCCGCGCUAAUACUCGCCUUAUGCAACAGGACAAAGAGCAGCAGCUGAUCAGGCACUCCAAGUCACUGGGAGACAUUAAAGAGUCGAGCUUAAAGGUGUUUAAAAGGCAUUCGUCUAUAAUUCCUUCUUCACACUUAUUGACUGAGGUUCAGGAGAGGAUGCCAUGCCUUGAUGGAAGUGAUUUUGAACCAGCUGAUGAAACUGAUUCAGAGACCCUCAGUUUUUCAUCAAGUGUCCCUGAAGUCGCAAAAUCUGGGGAGAGAGGCCUGUGUCGUUCUCAUCAUAUCACAGUCACCAGGGUUCAGCUUCGACACCCUCGCAACAAGCUACCGUCACGGCCGUUUAGCAUGCCGGCCGAACGGAUACUUAACCGAAGCCAAAUAGACGAGAACAACUCCCGGAACGCCACCGACCAAGAUGACAGGAAGGGAAGCGGUUGCGACCAGUCCAUCGAAGAAGUGGACGAGACUGAGAAUACAAAAACAAGAGCGGCCACACAUUUCCGGAGUACCUUUAUCGACACCCAGACAUUACGCAGAACUUGGGAUAAACAAUACAAACAUGAAGUUUCCUCAAGAACUGUCAAAAUUGGGGCCAGCUCAUCCACAGAGAGUGCAGCAGUGGAAGGCUUGUCAACCUCUGUGCCAUCAACCCUCUCCCUUGGAACUACUUACACAGUCGCAGUGCGACCCAACAGGACUAUAAAAAGGGAAGAUAAUGUCACAAAGUAUAGCCCCAUUGCAACAACUUUCAGAGCCCCCAGAACCCUUCAGCCCCCCCCAGGAACCUUCUACAAGCCCCCAUCGGGAAGCAAAGCUAAAGUCCUGCAGAAUUGUGCACAAGCUAACAGUGCUGAGGAAGAAGAUGAAGAGGAGGAGGAGGAGGAGGAGGGGGAAAUAGGCAUUGAGAUAGAGGUGUCUGUAGAUGAGCCCCUUGAGGAGGACGUUGAGAUUGAACAGACAGCCAUAUCUCAGUCUCCCAGCUGUAGCCCUGAGGAAAUGGACCAAAACCAGGCAAAACCAGUGUACCAGAGACUAAGGCCCAGGCGUCUUCCAGAGGUGGAACACAGAGAGGCACAUUUUGUUUAAGCCACUAAAAGACAUUGCUGUUAGAGCUCCGAGAAUCACAAUGUGUGUCACGUUAAGAGGAACACGCAGAAACAUCUGCAUUGACUCUGUAGAGAAAAUGAGCAGAUGUCUGACUGGCACUGUGUAGAUUUAUUGUAAGUAUUAUGAUAUCUUUGAUCCUCAAAAGAAAAAAAAAUGCACUUAUAAUGCUGUAAAUUUUGAUUCACAAAUCAUACAUUUACCAAUCACUUGCUCAGUAUACUCUGGCACACAGCCGGGAUAUUUAUAAUUUUUGGAUCUGUGCAAUUUAUUUUUGUUUGAAUAUUUUGUGUAAAAUUCUUACAGGUUCACGUUUGUAUGUUUCUAUACCAAAAAAGCCCUCGAGGCGUAACAACACUGCAUAAAGUUAUGGAGAUGUGUGGUGCACUUACCUGAUAACGCUCUUUCACCAUCAGCCUUCUGCCUGCACCGUUGAAGAGUGUUUUAAGCUGUUACAAGUAGUCUGUAAUUAAAAACAGUGCUAAUAUUUUUUUUGCAAUUUAACAACAUCUGUUACGUGAUGUACUUGGAUGUCUGUGUUUGCGUUUGGUCAUGUAAUGAAGCAUCACUUACAAAGGGUAUAAAUCCACUCGGUGUUUGUACUGCGUGGUGUUAAAUGUGUCUGAAAAGCUUUUAGAAAUGCUACAGGAUUCUGACAUGGCAUUAUUAUUAAUAUAUGUACAUUAUUUUUAAUAGCCAAAGCUUUUUUUUCAUUGUUUUUUUUUUUUUGUUGGUUUUGUUGUUGGUUGUUUUGUUUUGUUUUUUACAAUUUGAGUAGUUUUAUCAAUAACCUGAAUCUUAUGCUUUCUUUGUAAGUAAUGGGAAGUGCAUCAUUUAUUUAAAUGGUAUCUGUUUUUCAUGGUAAUGUACAAGCCUGGCACAGUGUUGAAAGUUCAGUGUAAGAAAACAGGUACAUAAAACAAACACCCUUUUGUAACUUAUUAAAAUAUAUCUGACAACUUA